AUGCUGCUGCUGGCUGUCCUCUUGAAGGACCUCCUCCAGAAGAUCCUCUCUAAGCUCCUCAACACCCAGUUGUUUGAGGAGUGGAUGAGCACCAUGGAGAAGACCAGCAGGCAGGAGAGGCUGGCAGCACUAAGAGACGUGGCCAGCAAGCUACCAGAGGCCAACCGGUUCCUGCUCCGGCACUUGCUGUUGCUGCUUAGCGGCAUCUGCAGGAACGUGGCCACAACGAAGAUGACGGUCGGGAACCUGGCCAUCUGUUUGUCACCAAACCUCCUGAGGCCCCCCCAGGAGCUGCCCCUGGAUGUCCUGGCUCUGGAGACAGGGAAGGUUACGCAGCUCGUGGAGUUCCUUAUUGACCACCAUGAGGAACUCCUUGGAGAGGAGGUGGCUGGGCUGGCCAGAGAGGGGGAUGAGGAGACACCAGCACCAGAAGCAGAGCUGGAAACAGCAGAGGUGUCUCCUGUUGCUCCCAAGAGUGAAGAGCAGAGGAGCUUUUCUGGGGAGAAAAGAUAAAACUGCCUGGCUUUGCUUGGUUCAAGGUAAUCAUGGCUUCACCUGUCUAACAAUACUGUUGAAUGGAAAGGUUCCCAGGCUCUUCGCAGAACAUCAGGAAGGAAAGAGCAGCCUGGGAAGAGGGCAGCGAUGGGCCACAGUCCCUGAAGAAGAGCAGAACUGAGCUGUCAGGGAUGGGCCACUGAAGAAAUUCGAGCAGGUGAAGAACAAGGCACCCGGGUACGUAGCAGAGCCUGUGUUCCAUCUUUUUGCCAAGCUCUGAGUAUAGGAAACAUUCCUGAGGUGCACAGGAUGGUCCUGGACAGGAGGC